AUGCCAAACGCCGUUAUACAGCCACAAGAACAAGGAAAGAAUGAAGAAUCCAACAUUGUCACGUGGAAUGGACCCAAUGACCCCGACAUGGCUCUUAAUUGGCCUGCAAGGAAGAAAUGGACGACUAUUCUGCUACUGGCAACCUUAACCCUACUUACUCCAUUCGCGUCUUCGAUGUUCGCACCAAGCGUAGACAUGGUCAUUCAAGAAUUUCACUCUGGCAACGCAACUAUAGGAACACUGGUCGUCUCAAUAUACUUGCUCGGCUAUGCAUUCGGUCCCCUCUUCCUGGCCCCACUAAGCGAGAUGUAUGGUCGGCUUCCAAUCUACCAUGGUAGUAUCAUCCUGUUUAUUCUGUUCAAUGUUGCGUGCGCCAAGUCUACGAAUUUUCCGAUGCUGAUUGUGUUUCGGAUCUUGACUGGUAUGGCGGGGGCAGGACCAUUGACGCUAGGGCCAGGUAGCAUUGCGGAUAUGUAUCGACAAGAGGAGAGGGGGAAGAUCAUGGCGAUUUGGACCUUGCCAAUUUUGCUUGGACCGACAAUUGGUCCGAUUGCUGGAGGUUAUUUGUCCGAGUCUUUGGGGUGGAGGUGGGACUUUUGGUUUCUAAUUAUUGUGACAGGAGCAGUGUUCAUCCUCAGCCUCCUCCUCCAACGCGAAACUUACCCGCCAACAAUCCUCGAACGCCGCGCAAGUCGUCUCAGGAAAUCCACAGGAAACCAAAAUCUCCAAUCAGCGCUCAAAUCCAUCCGCUCUCCCCGCCAACACUUCCUCACCUCCAUCAUCCGUCCCACCAAAAUGCUCGUCUUCUCCCCACUAAUCCUGGGCCUCUCGGUCUUGAAUGCUAUAAUCUACGGCGUCAUUUACCUCCUGUUUACUACCAUUACCACAGUCUUCGAGACUAAUUUUCACAUCAGCAAAUCCAACGUCGGACUUACAUACCUCGGUCUCGGUAUCGGGCAACUGUUCGGCGUCAUCGCGUUUGGGGUUCUCUCUGACCGAAUGCUUAAACACCUAGCCAAAAACGGAGAGAUGAAGCCCGAGUUUCGGCUUCCACCUCUACUCGUAGGUGUUAGCUUGACAGCACUUGGACUAUUGUGGUAUGGAUGGAGCGCCGAGUAUGCGAGUCAGUGGAUUGUGCCAAUCUUGGGACAGGUGGUCAUUGGUGCUGGUGUCAUCACGAGCUUUUUGCCUGUGAGUGCGUAUCUGGUUGAUGCAUUUACGGAGUAUGCUGCCAGUGCAAAUGCGGCGAAUACGGUGUUGAGGAGUCUAGGAGGAGCAUUGUUACCGUUGGCGGGGCCGGGGAUGUAUGAUGCAUUGGGGUUGGGAUGGGGCAAUACACUGUUGGCGGGCAUUGUGCUGCUCUGUGUGCCAUUGGUGUUGGGGUUCAUGAAGUUUGGGGAGAGGAUUAGGAAAAGUCCGAGAUUUCAGAUGAAUCUUUGA